AUGUGUGGUUUCUCUCAGAAGGAGGGGAUAGACUUUGACAAAAUCUUUGCACCAGUGGUGCCCAGAGACACUAUCUGGACCAUUCUCACAAUCACAGCCAAGUUCAACUGGGAAGUGGAUUCCAUUGAUGUCACCCAAGCAUACCUCAACACCCACCUGCAUCACAACAUCUACUUGAAACUGCCAGAGGGUGCAGAAGUCCUGAUGGGGAAGGUGUACAAGCUAAUCAAGAGCCUAUAUGGACUGAAACAAUCUGGCUGGGAAUGGCAUAAGGAGCUCAACACACACCUACAAAGGCUGGGUUUCUUCCCACUCCUCAACAUACCCUGUGUAUACCUUAAAGGCACAGGUGCAUUGCAAGUGAUCAUUGCAGUAUAUGUGGAUGACAUGCUCAUUGUAUCCCCACAAAGAGACCAGGUCAAUCAGGCAAAUAAGGCCAUCAUUGACAAGUGGAAAAUCACUGACAAUGAGCCUGCAACAGAGUUCCUCAAGAUCAAGAUCACACAAGACCAAGAGAAGAGGACAAUCAACCUGGAUCAGCAUGCAUACAUCAAGGAAAUCAUAAGGGAGUGGAUCCAGCUGCACAAGAAGACAUGGACACCAAUGGUUCACACCCUGUUGAAGGCAACCAGCAAUGAGGAGACAGAUGACAAACUGAAGGCCAGAUACCCAGUCCUGGUGGGAAAGCUAUUAUGGAUCUUGAAUACUGCCCAACCAAAUGUCUCAUAUGCAGUCAACACCCUGGCCCGUCACAUGUCCAACCCCACCAAAGGAGCAAUGUGUGAAGUAUCUGAAUCAGACACAAGACAAGGGUUUGAGGCUUGGUGGUGGAAACAAAGAUGA